AUGGCAAUCGACCCGCGAUCGCCUCCUGCGACACCCGCCCGACCAGCGACGGUCAGCUAUGAACGCAUCGAAGCCUGGGCCGUCUCCCAAGCCGCCGAUGCCCUCGCCGCGACAUCCCUAUCCCCGUCGUCGACGUCGCCCGCCGCGGUCCGUCGGGGCGAACCUCGGGGCAUGUCCGUGACCAUCGACAUCCCGCUCGACGAACCCCCGCCCGUCGCCGAUCCCAAACCCGCCCGGCCCGAAGCCGUCCACACCGUCUACCAACGCCGCACCCCCGUCCGCCGCGACAGCCUCGUCCGCCGCGAGGCGCUGCUCAAGGGCAAAGAGGGCAGCCGGCGGCGCCAGCGAUGGGAGAACGACCACCUCGUCGGCAACCCCUGGGCGAACGAACCCCCGCUGCCCAUCGACUGGGCCGUGCGCCCCACCCACCCCGUCCACCGGGUGCCUUAUGCCAUCGCCCCGCUGUGGGACGCCGGCUACGCGACCGCCGCGGCGGAGCGGGCGCGCCAAGCGCAGAAGGCGAGGGCGCGGAACGCCGACGGCUCCGCGGCGAACCUCACGCGGGAGGCGGCCCGGGUCGCGCAGGAGCUGCGCGCGAAGCUGAAGAAGGCGCGAGGCGCCAAGGGGCUCCUGCAGGACCUCGAGGAGGCGGUGCGCAGCUUCGUGCGCGAGUGGGAGGACAAGCAGCGGCAGUUGGAGGACGAGGGCGCGAUCGCGGAGAGCUCGGACGACGACGACGAGGAGGAGAUCGUCUUCGUCGGACGGAGCGGCGCGUCGCACGAUGCGGUGGAUCGACAUGCGGAUGCAGCGCUGGCCAAGGACAAGCUGAUCUUUGAGAGUUUGGUCGAUGACCAUGGGGCUGCUUUCGGACGCUAUCUUGUCCACGCCAUCGGCACGUACUACGGCCUGAAGACCUGGUCCGUCACGACCACCGGCAGCCCCGCGCGGCGCGAGGCGUACGUCUCGCUGGACGUCGACGGCCCGACGCAGCGACCCCCGCUCAGCGCGGCCGAUAUGCCCAGGCCGCUGUGGGCGGUGAUCUAG